GACACCUGUGUAGUAAUGAAUCACGGGAAUAAAUGCGUGGUUACUAAGUUCCAGACAACAAGGAAUCGUUUGCACUUAUUUAAUUCAGGAAAUUGUUGCCGUUUUUCCUCAAGAUUUAUUUUCUUCUGCGCGAAUUUUUAACACAAUGACUCGUGGAAACCAGCGUGAAUUGGCCCGUGCAAAAAACCUGAAGAAACAGCAGGAAAUGGCAAAAAAGAAAGGAGGCGAAAGUGGUGAGGCUCUCAAAGCAAGAAAAGAAAGGGAUGCAGCUAUGAUGAGAGAAAAACAGAAAAAAGCAGAGGAAAAACAAGCUUCUGGUGCAUCUGGAGGUGCAAAGAAAUAAAUUUUGUGUUCAAGAAAUUUCUAGCUAAUGAGAACUUUUCUACACUGCUUAAAAAGUCUUUGUUAGUACUCUCUUGAAACAUAACUGGAACUCCUAAAAUAUGGAUACUUGUGUCAAAGACAAUAGCACAGAACUCAUUAAUUUUUGUGGCAUUACUUAUCACAGAAAAGUAACUUGUCAGUCAGGUGCUGUUAAUAUUUCUACUUCAAUAUUUCUGUAAACUUGUAUGUUCUCUCUCCUUUUUAUUGGUUAACUACUGGUUUUCACUUGUAAGAAUGCAAGGUAAAAUCAACCUGAGUUUUUAGAGAUAAUUUUGAUGGCUAUUGGUUCAUUUUUUUUCCUAGGCACUAGUUGACUCUUUAACUCCCAAGAUCUGAUUAUCAAUUCUCCCCUCUAGUUGC